CUUGCUUUCAUAACAUCAUGAAUGCUGACAUUACAACUUGACUCCCCCACUACAUUCUAUAAUGAACUCCACAGAGAAAUACAGUAAAGAUCUUUGAUUCUGAAUAGACGUCGUGGUCUAUGGACCAAAGGAACAUAACUGUUGAAAAUAGAGUACAAAGCUACUUGCAAAUAUUUUCAGAGGCUCUUAUGAACCUCGAUUCACCCAAUUCUCGAUGUACGACAACUACUCUUCGGCAAUGCCCAGCGACCCACACACUUAGCUGCCGCAGUACUCGACCCUAGGCCUUCCCACGAGCCAACAGAUUGUGUGUGUGAUUACCAGCUGCCCAGACAAUGGUAGACAUUGGAAAGUGGCCAAUAUUUGCUCUUUGCCCGCAAGAGGACCUGAAGUUUAUCCACCAAGCCUGUGUGUUUGGUGCUGGAAAUGAGGUUUUAUAUGUAACGAAGAAUGAUGAGGUUUUUGUUAUCGGAACCAACAGCAGUGGCUGCUUAGGGAUCGGGGAUGCUCAAAGUACUAUUGAACCAAGACGACUUGAUGCUCUUUGUGGAAAGAAAAUAGUCAGUCUGAACUGUGGAAGUGGUCCGCAUGUUGUGGCUGUUACGUCUGAGGGUGACAUAUUCAGUUGGGGCCAUAAUGCCUAUAGCCAGUUGGGCAAUGGAUCGACCAACCAAGCACUGACUCCUUCUCAAGUUUCCACUAACUUAAUAAGCAAAAAAGUUGUUAGCGUGGCUUGUGGCUCACAUCAUUCAAUGGUAGCAACAUCUGAUGGAGAGGUGUAUGCUUGGGGCUACAAUAACUCUGGCCAAGUUGGCUCAGGGUCCACUGCCAAUCAGCCAAUACCUAGGAAAGUCACCAGUUGUUUACAGAACAAAAUAGUAACUGGAAUUGCUUGUGGCCAAAUGAGUUCAAUGGCAGUCGUGGACAAUGGAGAGGUAUAUGCAUGGGGUUAUAAUGGAAAUGGUCAGCUCGGUUUAGGCAGCAGUGGUAACCAGCCAACGCCAUGUAGAAUUGCAGCUCUUCAAGGCAUUCGUGUGGAACAGGUUGUGUGUGGCUAUGCCCACACAUUGGCGUUAACAGAUGAAGGUGGAAUAUAUGGCUGGGGAGCCAACUCUUAUGGCCAGCUGGGCACAGGGAAUAAAAGUAACCAGUCAUACCCUGUUCAAGUGUCUGUAGACAAAGAAAGGAUCGUUGAAAUUGCUGCAUGCCAUUCAUCACAUACAUCUGCUUGCAAGACUCAGAGUGGUCAGGUAUAUAUGUGGGGUCAGUGCCGAGGACAGUCAGUCAUCCUUCCAUACCUCACCCACUUUGUCUGCACUGACGAUGUGUUUGCCUGUUUCUCCACACCUGCAGUAAUGUGGCGCCCCCUAUCAGUAGAGGCAGACGAACACCUUACUGUUGCAGAAUCAUUAAGGAAAGAAUUUGAUAACCCUGAAACUGCAGACUUGAAAUUCUUAGUAGAUGAAAAAUACAUACAUGUGCAUAAGGUUCUUCUUCAGAUUAGGUGUGAACAUUUUCGAUCAUUCUUGCAUGAAAGUGAAGAAGAAAUCAUUGAAAUGAACCAAUUUUCCUACCCGGUUUACCGUGCUUUCUUGGAAUAUCUAUACACAGACAGCAUUAGUAUUUCUCCAGAAGAUGCAAUUGGGCUUCUGGAGUUGGCAACAUCCUAUAGAGAAAACCGAUUGAAACAGCUUUGUCAGCAAACCAUAAAGCAAGGUAUCUGCGAGGAGAAUGCUGUAAUACUUCUGUCUGCUGCUGUUAAGUAUGAAGCUCAGGAUCUAGAGGAGUUUUGCUUCAGAUUCUGUAUAAACCAUAUGACCGUGGUUACCCAGACUGAUGCCUUUGCAGAGAUGGAGAGUGAACUUCUGAAGAACUUCAUCAACAAAGCAAGUCGAUCUGGGGCAUUCAAAAACUGACACUGCUGUAAGCAGGUGCUACAUCUGGCUGCCAUUUAGUUAGAAUAUCCAACUUUUAACCUAAACUUGAAUUUAUAAGGACUUGGUGUAUAUACUCUUUGGUCAGAAACAAAAUCUGUAACAAUCCAGUUUAUUUCUGUGAUAUAUGUUUUAAUAUUUCUGUCUUACUACCUACUGCAGCAAAGUAUUCUUUAUUUUAUGUUUCAUCUGGUAUACUACCCGUAUCUGGAUAGGAGUAAACAUAUUUAAUAUUAUUUUUAUUAGAUUUGUUACUGGUUGAUCAGUAAAUACACCAAUAUUUUUUUAUUUUAAAUUUGCACUAGUAUAUUUAGCAUAAAUGUACCAAUUCUUAUAAAAUUGGCAUUGACAAGAAGUAUUCAGGUAAUCAAAUUAAAAAACAAAAAACAAACAAAAAGCUUUUCUAUGUUAAUUUGGCAUAAGAGAUUAAUAUAACAGACAUAUGGAACACAGGGCUACUUUAUACAUUUUUAUAAGUAGGACUUUCUUUUGUGUCUCAUACAUACAUACAUACAUACAUACAUACUCUCUCUCACGCACACACAUGCACACACACACUCUCUAUCUCUCAUAUUACGGAUGAAUUGUCAUGUAUUUCCCUCAUAACAAUAUUUUCGAGUACAGGGAUUUUGGAAAACUGACAAGUGAAUUGCAUAUGUUAGGGUAAAUUGGAAAAUAAUUGGAAAACAGCUGUUUUUCCAGCUUUAUUUGGCUGUAGAGGGGGAACAGUCAUUUUUAAAAAUGAUGUUCACCAAUCUCUCCAUUUAACAAAUAUGUAUUUGUGAGGUGUAAACUUUAUGCAGAAAUGAAUACCUUUUGAUUCUCUAAAUGGCACCUACAUCUUGCUCACUGUCAAUCAUUGUUCUAAGCUCCGUCCUUUACACCUGGCCAUCCGCUUAGAGAAAACAUACAGAGGAGAGGAAAGUGAAAUGGUUUUUAUUUCUCCUCUUCAUUUGAAGUGUUUGCCCUGUCUGAACUGGAUUAUUGUCUAAUUUGCUAAAUCUAUAAUAUAAACCGAAAAGAAAACAGAGCAUCUCAUGAAAACAGGUUAAUACAAGAUAUGUUAUUUUCCAAUCAAACAUUGCACUGAUUUUGUUUUUAAAACAAUCCACUUUGGGCAUUUUAGGCUCAGAGAGACAUAGAAACCGUUUUUUGUUUCCUAAGCAGUAGAAUGCUGGGACCUAUUUACAAAUCACAAAAUCUGGAAUCUGACAUUGACAAAAUCCAAGGCUGCAAGAGAUGAUACAAUCAGUCCCUAUCAAUAUGAAUUUAAAAAUUGGGAGGCAAUUGCAAGAUGGCCAUCUCCAUGUUGAAAUAUUAGCAGAACAUCCAGCUAAACUUUCUUUAGCUUGGUUAGAUGAAAUCCAUAGUUUUGUGUGGCUUUUGAAAUUCUCUUGUCAGUUCUCAUGAUUCCCAGUUUAGUGGAUAACUACAUUAAUUAAUCAAGUGUCUUAUAACAAAAUGUGAUGUCCCACUUAGUGGCAGCAGGAUUGUAUACAGUAAAUGAUGUUGUAAAUACGCAUACCGUGCUGCAGAGGGUCCUACAGGACCAUAUUGUGAAACCUAUGUGAAAUAGUAUUGAUUUUUAGGGGUUAAUCUUUAAUGCACAGGCAAACGAAAAUAGCAUACAAAUUUUAGUUAUUUAAUUUUUAUUUUGGAUGUUUUGUACUGUAAUUGGUUUGGAAUAAUGGGCCAUUUUUUCCCUUCUUUGUAAAAUAUAUUGUACUAUGUCAUCAAUAAACAUCUUCAUGGUGAGCUUUA